UCAUACAUGAAAUAAAUGAAUAAAUCAAUCUGAUUGUGACAUGUCGAGAUAUGAGGAAUUAUUCUUGUGAACCAAAAUAGGCCUAUAUUUUCAGUAGUCUAUUUUUUAUUCUUUUAAGAGUAAGAAUUAUAUAAUGAAUGUUAUUUGUUUAAUAUUGUUAAACAUAUACUAUUUAUGGAUCAUAGAUAUCUUAAAAAAUACAGCGUAAUCUCGGCUUGUACUUAUUUCAAGAAUACGCUAAUUAACAUGGCGUAAAUCAUGAUAAUUAGCGCACCAUAGCAAGUCAUGGUGCGUCAAUUAACAUGCACAUUUUAAUGCACCUGUUAGAAAGUGAAACCAUCUGUUCUAGAUCGAAUGAUGAGGACGACAAUAGCGUCAGUCGUUUCAGUAGGUCUGAAUCGGUUUAACUGUAUCUACGAUGUCAAAAGAAAUAUUUGUAAACGCUUAAAUCUAGUUUAAAUAAGAAUACUGUGAUUUUACAUUUCAAAAGUCACAUGUUUAUUUUAAAGACGUUUUCGGUUAAGGAAAAUUCUUAAAUUAGCUUCAAAUCUUUUGUUAUGCGAUUCACAAAUUCAAAUAAUUUGUAUUGACGUUUAAUUAUUUAUAGAGCUUAACGCGCAUACAUAACCGGUAGACUGUACAUUUAUCAGUGUUUGCAGUUUUAAUGCGAUGGGGAUAUAACACGUGCUUUUAUUGCUGUUUAAAUGUACACAAAGUAUGCUACAAAUGUGUUAACUGCUGUAUGGUGGGAGUGCUCGAUGCAGUAAUUAAGAGCGUAACUUCUCCAUACGAUUUUAAUAUUAUUUGUCGAUGCGCAAUGUCUGCGAAGGAGCUACCGAUAGCAGAAGUGCGACAAGAAAAAACAUGGGUAGCGUUCGUAGGCGACUUUGCGAUUUUGAAAGACUUCUUUGCGCAGAAGACACAGCGAGUUUGGCACGCGGUGCAAUUACUUGAUUCUUUUCUGCGUGGAUUUGGACAGAUCGUUUUUGCGAAUAAUCCUCUCAGCGGGCUGCUGAUAAUAGUUACCUUGGCUGCGGUAACGCCAGGUACAUUGGCGUUCUCUGCGGCCACCGCCGGCCUUGGCCUCUUACUGUCCGUGGACCCCGCUCCCGUUUUUUUGCAGCUCAUGCGCGAACCCGACUUUAUCGUGGAAAACGGAUUAAGCGUUUACAAUCCCCUGCUGGUCGGAGCGGUGUCGUACGGUCUGAUACCACAGAUUUACGGAGCUGGCUUCGACACCCUAAGCUGCUUGCUUGUGCUCCUGGCGACGAUACUCAGUGUUUAUCUCUCGCGGUCCCUGAGAAGCGAUAAAUUCUCCUGCACAACGUGGCCAUUUAACUUGGUGGAGUUUGCGUUGAUUUUCAUCCUCUCAACGCAGAAUGGCGCGGCUACGGUAGCCCAAUCUGCGGGACCUAUGUUUGAAAUGCACAAUGCAACAAGUGAGACGACGACGACGACGACGACAGCGGACGGCGGCGCCGGUUUUCACGGGCUGCAGAAUACGACCGGCGCUUACAUCGACUGGGGAAUGGUUGUACGAGGCAGCGUUGUCUCCGCGUCACAGCUGUUCGGGGUCGAUAACGUAAUCGUUGGAUCCGUCAUGUACCUGGCAAUGCUAAUAUACUCGCCCGUGUCAACCGCGUUUUCGUAUUUCGGUGCCCUUUGCGGAACAUUCGCAGGCCUGGAGCUCGGAGCGGACUGCCGCAGAGCCUACAGCGGGAUGUGGGGAUACAAUAGUCUCUUGACCGGGGCCGCUCUGGGAGGGAAUCUGCUGGUGCUGAACGGUCAAACGGCCGUCGCCGCUGUCAUGGCGAUUAUUUACACUUCGCUCCUGCAGUACGCCAUAGAAUCGAUAUUUGCAAAAGCGCAGCUACCCGUGCUGACGCUGCCGUUCGUGAUAGCGACCUCGUUGUUUCUAAAACUGAGCGACGGCAAGGAGGAUCCAACGUUUCCGUGGCCCGUAUCGAUUACUUUCCCCGAGAAACAACGUCAUUAUUAUGUCGCCCGUCGCGCGGCACUUCGAGAGGAAGAUGCUGUGGAAGAACUUGAGCUUGACACCGCGAACGAAAGGAGGCCAGUCCCGUCAGAUAAUUAAUGACUUAUCUCUUCCCCCCCCCUCCCUCUCUCUCUCUCUAAGAUAGAUAAUUACAAUUUAGUUUUACGUAUAACAGUAGGCGAUAAUUUCGAAGAUUUUUCGCAUCUAUUUAAAAUAAUCUCUUUUUCUCUCCUAUCGCUUUUAAAUAUUUAUACAAAUGCGCAUUUAUGCUUGACUAACAAUUGAUCAGUUAGCUUGAUUGAGCUCUCUGUGUGCUUCUGACAGUGGCCUUCGAUUUAAGUAAUGUCAAUCCAAUAAUCGAGUUUACUAUCUGUACCUUCUCGAAGAAGAAAAGGAAUCAUCCUUUCCACCGAUUCGUUCACGCGGAAUAAAUAGCUAUUCUUGCGAAACUUACGAACGUACGCGUCCUUCAAGCAUCAGUGAACAGCUAACAGAAAUUAAAUUUGUAUUAUGCAGAUGGAAAAAAAUAGCUCUCUAGAGAGAUAAAUGUAACUACUCUA